AUGGGACCAGGUCUUCAGCUGAAUAGCACAGAAGACUCUAAAGCCACCUGUCUGUUUCCUGAGGCAGUUGUCACAGUGCUGCUGCAGUCAAACAGAAACAUGGCUGUAUCUUCAACAGAAAGAUUCUCCUUUGGUAGUCACAGCAGCCACCCUAGAGCUGAGCAGACAACUUGUGGUCCUUUUGUAGAGAUAAUUGAAGACUUAUUUCUCAAACAACUGAAACGUGACUUUCCCAGUGCUGUGGUUCUUAGUACUGAUGACUUCUUUAUCGAAAAUGGUGUCUAUGUGUUUGAGCCUGACUUGCUAGAGGACGCGCACAAAUGGAACCAAAAGAGAGCACGCAAAGCAAUGAAGAAUGGGAAAAGCCCGGUUAUUAUUGACAAUACCAACAUCCAUGCUUGGGAAAUGAAGCCCUAUGUGAUGAUGGCACGUGAAAAUAGAUAUGAAGUUGCAUUCCAAGAACCAGAUACACCCUGGAAGUUCAAUGUUCGGGAGCUGACGAGAAGAAACACUCAUCACGUCCCUCGAGAAAAGAUACAACGGAUGAAAGAACAGUAUGAGCACAACGUCACUUUCCACAGUGUUCUUCAGUCUGAAAAACCAAGCAGAGAUGAGAGAAGCUCUAGUGGACCAAAUGCAGCUUAUAGCACGGGUGCCUGUUCCAACCACCCUGCAGCCUUCUCAAACAGACGACCUCGCAGGGCACAUCCAAACGUGUCGUUUCAAUGA